CCGAAAUGAGCUCAAACGGCCAGCCGUCUGAACACGCUGCCACCAGGGGCGCGCCGGAGUGGAUGACUUUCAGCCAAGGAUUGUUAUUGAAAGAUGAAACACUGCCAAACAUUACUGUCAUAAAACAACCUCCUAAAUCAAGAUUCUUCGUGACUUCGGUGUCGAGUGCAGACCCACAGGACUGAGACCCAAUUCGUAUUUGAUAUUCGUGAGAUCAUUAAAUAACGUUAGUUGGCAGUGGAGUUCUGAGGGAAAGGCUUACUGGUCCGCUGUGGUGGAAUCUUACAAAAACCGACAUCAUCGUUUAACUUUAGAACGAGGUGUAAAUCCACGUGAUCAUCACCAUGGCGACGGCAUCUGCAGAGCUGGAGCUCGAACAGAAGGAACCACUGAACGAAGGAGGGCGCCCCAGCGCUGGGGACGGAAAGGGCGACUCUGACGUUUCAAAAGACAAUGAAAUAUCGAUGCAAGAAUUCCGAGGUAAAAUGGCCACAGAAGGUACCAAUGGAAAGACACAAACCGAUGCGGAGGCAGGCGAUUCAUCGCAUAAAACAGGAUUCGGAGGUUCGUGGAAAUGCUGUAUUAUACUCACGGUAGGACUACUAGUAGCGAUUGUUUUUACGAUCGUCGUGGCAGUGCUUAGUAGUCAAAACGCCCAUCAUAAACAGGGCAUGCCGUCAGAGGGCGCUUCAGACCCGUUGUCCAGUGUGUACCAACAUGCAGCUGUUGUGACGGACACAGAGAUAUGUUCAAUCAUGGGGAAAGAAAUCUUGGAGCGGGGUGGCUCGGCUGUGGACGCUCUCAUUACAUCGCAGCUAUGUAUCGGCCUUGUGAAUGCUCAGAGCUCUGGUCUGGGCGGCGGCUUCUUCAUGGUCAUUUAUGACGCAGCCAGCAAAUCGUCUCACUUCAUCGAUGCCAGAGAGACGGCGCCCUCAGGGGCCAAUUGGGGUUUCGUCACUCAUCGACUUGCAACUGGCUCGCAGACGGGUAUCAAUUCAACAGCUAUUCCUGGAGAAGUGCGCGGUCUAUGGGACGCUCACCAAAAGUAUGGAAAGCUACCGUGGGAGGAUCUGUUUAAACCAGUGAUUGAACUGGCUGAAAAAGGAUACCGUGCUACUUCGCAUCUCGAGGAUACGUUACGGAAGAUGGUGGAGGUUAAACCGCUGAGCGAAUAUGAGGGACAAUGGGACAUCUACUUAAAUGAAGAUGGAAGCUAUAAACGCGAAGGGGAUCUAGUAAAAAAUAUCGCCCUGGCAAACACACUGCGUGCAAUAUCAGUGAAUGGAUCAGACGAAUUCUACACCGGAGCGACGGCAAUGAAAAUAGUUGACGAAGUGCAGGAAUUAGGCGGCAUCCUGACAAUGAGGGAUCUUAGCAGUUAUUCAACCCGAUCAGGUCCGGCAGUGACGUCACCUGUCGGUGAGGAUAUGAUAUUACUAGCGCCCCCAUCGCCGUCAGGGGGUCCAGUGCUACAGUUUAUUGUCAACGUCAUGCAGUCAUUUAAUUUAACACAUGAAGAUUUUAUACCUGGUCCGAAUCUGGUCACAACUUAUCACCGAUUUCUAGAAGCCAGUCGCUUUGGGUUCGGUUUGAGAAGUAGGAUAGGGGAUAAGGAAACCCCAGAUGUACAGCAGGCAUUAGAUGCCCUUGGAUCUCUUGAGUAUGCCCGUCAAGUAGCGGCUUCAAUUCCUACUAACCGUGUUUAUUCUACGAACUCAAGCUAUUACAACGUCAUACCCCAAGUUACCACUACCCUAGGCGGUACGAGUCACGUUAGUGUACUCGCAGAAAAUGGCGAUGCGGCAUCAUCUACUACAUCUGUCAAUUACAGAUUUGGGAGUAAGGUCCGCUCACCGUCUACAGGCAUCAUUUACAACAACGACAUGUCCGAUUUUAGCUACGAUCCUACUUCCCCUAAUUAUGUCGCUCCUGGGAAGCGCCCUCUCUCGUCGAUGUCUGGUUCUAUAGUUGUCGGCAAAGAUGGUCACGUGAGGUUGGUGGAGGGGAGCGCGGGAAGCAAGAAAAUCAUUACGAUGAAUGCGUGGGUUAUUUUAAGUACGAUGCUAGGUCAGAUGCCCCUCUCACAAGCUAUCGACGGAAAGCUGAUUCACGCUGAGCUAAGACCCGAAAUAUAUGAAGUUUAUGAGAGUGGUUUUGAUCAGGACAUGAUUGAUCAGCUGACGGCACUGGGCCAUGACUUGAACGAGCAGACAACGAUAUAUGGUGUUAUACAAGGUAUACUGAAAUCAGACGAAACCAUUUUUGCGUAUUCAGACCCCCGGAAAGGAGGAAAAUCUUCAGGGUACUGAGAACGGACUGAAUUAGAAACGUAGUCUUCUUCUUUGCCAUUUUUCUUGUCAUUUACCUGAGGGUUGGGGGAGGGGGGGGGGGG